AUCGUUAAGUGCAGCUGUCACCUGCACCGAUUCUUUAUUCGCAGCCGGUGAGAUAGAAAUCGGUAACAGUGCCUAUAUAAAUUGGCGUCGUCUCGUGAGUCCUGUCUUCUGUAAGCAAAUAGUAAGAGGCAGAACAAGAGAUUUAUAGAGAAGCAGAAAACAAUAAAGAAUGGGAGAAGUGCUGCAAAAAGUAGAAAUGAAGAAGGAAGACACCAACAAUACCACAACAAGGUCUCAAAGCAAAUCAAGACUUGCGAUUUUGGAAUUAGCUCACAUGAUGAGUGUCCCAAUGUCCCUAACCGCUAUCUUAAGCCUCAAAGUCCCCGAGGCGAUGUGGCAAGACGGUUCCAACACUCCUCUCUCCGCCUCCCAAAUUCUCUCAAUCAUUCGUCCCCACGGCGGUGCCGACGCGGAGAACCUCCAACGCAUCCUCCGCUUGCUCACAAGCUACGAUAUAUUUGACGAGCACUUGUGCAGCAAAGGCGAAAGGAAAUACUCUCUCUCCGAAAUCGGAAAGACCCUCGUUGACGAUGAACAGGGUCUAUCCUAUGCUUAUUUCAUGCUCCAGCACCACCAGGAUGCAUUGAUGAGAUCAUGGGCGUUGGUGGGGGAAGCAGUGGUGGAUCCAAAGACGGAACCAUUCGUGAAGGCUAACGGAGAGGGGGCGAUAGAGUACUACACAAAGCGACCAGAUGCAAUGAAUUUGAUUCACAAGUCGCUGGCUGGGAUGGCUGGGCCCAUGAUGAGGGAAAUUCUUCAAGUCUACGAUGGCUUCGAAGGUGUAGACACACUUGUUGACGUUGGUGGCUAUAACGGUGUUUCUCUCCGCAUGAUCAUGGACAAGUUCCCCAGUAUCCCCAGAGGCGUCAACUUUGAUCUUCCCGAUGUAGUGGCCUCUGCACCACACAUUCCAGGUGUAACCCAUGUUGGUGGUGACGCGUUUACUUCUGUUCCCCCUGGGGAUGCUAUCUUCAUCAAGUGGGUUCUUUUAGCAUGGACAGACGAGGAAUGUAAGGUGGUAAUGCAGAACUGUCAUAAGGCACUUCCGGAGAAUGGAAAAUUGAUUGUUUGCGAACCAGUGGUGCCGGAGCUGACCGAUGAGAGUCGCAGAACAAGAGCACUGCUUGGGGGUGACGUAUUCAUAAUGACAAUGUAUAGAACUAAGGGGAAGCACAGGACCGAAGAACAAUUUAAACAGCUCGGCAUUUCUUCUGGUUUUCCUCGUUUCCGUGCCUUCUAUGUUGACACUUACUUGACUGUGCUUGAGUUUCAGAAAUAAGUCAUAGGAAAGUAUUGAUAAUACACACUUUUAAAAGUGUGUUAGUGCCAUUUCUCUGGUGAUAUAGCCUUUGAAGUGUGACUUUAAUAAAUAAAUCUUCUGAGAUCAUGAAUGACGAGGAAAAAUAAUUAGGAACAAUAGAUUUUGGACACUAACACAUUUUUCCUUGUGAAUAAAGCUUCCUAAAAAAAUUGAAUUCAUGUUGCUCGUAUCUCUUUUGCUCUUAGAUUGUAAGCUGAAAUUUUAAUUUCCUUUUAAGAUAGUUACAAU